AUGGUAGAGUAUACAAAUAGAAGGUUGAGGUUUUGGAUCUUCACAUUUUAUAAUAUACACAAGGACUGCGUACAAACAUGCAAAAAUCUCGAAUCUCUAACCAAAAUACAGACUUUCACGCUUUACGACCUGCUGAAGCCUAAAAUUCAGUGCGUUGAAAAUAACCUGAGGUUUAACUUUCUGUUACUGGUCACAAAAUGUAUCAUAGUACAAAUAACUAAUGAAAAUAAUGAAAUAUGGGAGGAUGAAUCUAAAGAUGUGUGCGACCUGGAGAAGAUUUUGAAACCCUUCAAAACCUUAAAAAUGGAGGAUAAGCAGUUAUCUGCAUUUGUGGAUAAAAUGAGAAGUGACACCCCUUCGAAUCGUAAUUGUACAACCUUGAAGUUUAAUAAUAAAUUCAUAUGUUCAGAAUCAAGUCAGAAGCAAACCCAGAAGAAGGAUGGUGAUAUGGACUCGUAUAUAAAUAAUCCCAUGCUUUUUUUCAAUUCAGAGAUUGGGAAGGAUCUGAAUUUCUUUCCAGGGAAUUUUAGAAUAACUGAUUUGAUACCUAGCCAAAGAAUUUUAAUUCCAGUUGGAAUCCUUGAGCUAUCAAACUCGUCCAUCUACUCAUUCAUCCAGUCUCUUAAACAGUCUGACACCCAGUACAAAUAUGCACAGAAAUUGGUCAAGUUUAUACUAAACAAGAAAUAUAGAUUUAAAGAUGGAGAUAAUCUAAGAACACCAUCGCAAAUAUUUAUACAGUGCUCAGGCCAGAUCCUAUAUAAUCAAGUAAUUAAACCCUCAGAUUCAGGUAAAAAGCAACUAAGUGUGGGUAGUAAGUGGUCCAAUAUGGUUAUUUACAGGAAGUUUAUAUACUUUAGAAGAGGGAACUCGAAGAAAAAUAUACCCUUUAAAACUAUAUUUGACUCCAUGGAUAGAGAUAAGACCACAUUGUGGACCUUUUUCACAUUUAUAAUUUUUAAUAAUCGGUACUACUCGGAAAACCUAAAGGAGAGAAAGGAGUGCCUAGACUGGUUCCUAAAAUUAUUAAAUAUCAAUAAAAUUUCAACUGACAAGAAACAUAAGAAUAAUGGACCCAAGAGUGUUAAGUUUAGUAAAAACCUGUUACAGGGAUUAUUUGCGGAGUUUUCUAAAUUUAUGAAUAAUUUAAAUCGAGUUGAUUGGGAGGAUAAGAAAUAUUUGAGGAGCGAACCCCUGGCUGGAACUAAUUUGAAGACUGUUACUUUCCAUAAUGUUUACAAGUACGUCAAAUCAAUUGUCGAGCAGACCAUCACUCCAGAGUUACUAUGCGGAAAGUCAAACUACCUCAACUUUUUGAAGGUUUGUUACUCCCUGAUAACUCUGAAUAAGGGCGAAAACCUCUCAAUGUCGGAAGUUAUGAAAGGGUUCAAGAUCAAAGAUUGUGUUUGGAUAAAGAGAGGUUACCAUUCCAUGGGUCAAACUAGAACAAUACUUGACUAUUUGUGUAGAAUAAUAUUCUUUAUACUUCAAUAUCUGAUCAUCCCAGCCUUGGGAAGAUUCAUGUACAUUACGGAAUGUGGAUUUUCCAUGUAUAGAAUACACUAUAUACGAGUUGAAGAUUGGUUCAAAAUGCUAAAUGGAGCUGGAAACGAUUACCUGAAGAAUGGAAAACUGUGCAUCAGGUCUGACUCUUGCUAUGAAUUUCCUAAACUCAGGUUCAUUCCUAAACAGUCUGGAAUGAGACCUAUAUUGAACUGCAAUACCCCAGCUGGAUGUAGAGAAUAUUUCGACAACUUGAUAACUAAGUACAAACACAAGUUUAAGCCUCAUUGUAAAUGUUACUUUUGUAUAGUCAACAAGAAACUCCUAUACUCAACGAAUUUAAACAGGUUACUUAAAUUUAUACACCACGCCUUAACUGUAAACUCCAAGAUUAAUCCCAUACUGGGAAAUGGAGUUCUGGGAUACAACUCAUUUUACAAACAUUUAAAAAAGUGGUGGUUUAAACUCAUAAGACAGCUAAAAAUAGGCUCUGAUAUCAAGUUCUACUACUUUGUCGCAGAUUUGUCAAAAUGUUAUGAACGAAUUCCACACGAUAAACUCAUGGAAGUUCUCAAGAACAUUCCACUAGUAGACGCCAACUUCUCUGUAGUUUACAAGCGCUUUCUUGUGAAACUAUCCUCAAGUGUUAAUUCAUUUGCCAAAAUCGAAGAUAUUCCAUAUCACACCAUAAAGACUAAAACCCGUGUUUCCAAGACCAAAUCCAACAUUCUAAACCCAAAAUUGAGUUAUUCAUACAUGAAUAAUAAGGUUAAUAACAUUAAUAUAGUUAAUAGGAACAGUACAAAUAAGAGUAAAGUUACUAAUAGUAAUGUGAUUAACGGUGUUAAGACAAGUAUGAGGAGGAUAAGCACUAGGUUAUAUGGCAACUCAGUCAUAGCAUCAGGUUUAACGCCUACAAAAAGCUUUACAAUUACUAGGUAUGACAUUUUGUCCGCAGUGUCGUCUUUGAUUUCAUCACAAAACCUUAGACUUCCUAGCUUUGGAAAUGAUCAGUACAUUAAAUUAGACCGGGGAAUUCCCCAAGGUUGUUGCAUUUCACCUUUCCUCUCCAGUAUGUACCUUGCCAGCCUUGAUAAGUCACUCUCAUUUAGGCCAAAUAUUACAGAUAUGGGUAACGAGACCUCUAUGCCUCUCCCAAAUCUGUUAGUAAGGUGGAUUGACGAUUUUUUAUUCGUUUCAACCAACCCAGACGAUGUUAAUAGCCUCUCCAAGCUACUUUGUUACAAUAACUUUGGGGUCGUCAUCAACACCAAAAAGGUAGUUACCAACGCUUCCCGCUAUUCUUUCUUCUCUUCUUCCACCACUAACCCCAACACUGUUCUCUCUAACCUGCAAAUUAGUCAGGAAAACAGUAGAACCUCUCCUCAGGAAGAAGAGGCCUUGAGGUGGAUAAAUUGCAGGUUUAAUUUUGAUAUGGUGAAUCGCUUUAUAAAUGUGGAGAUUGUACCCUGGAAGAUUUCUGACAUCAGGAUAAGGGAUACGAUUUCUCUCUCAAAGUCACGCACUCACUCCUUCAUGUUCAGCGUCAUUGAGCAGAGGCUCAUAGGCUAUAUCAUGAACAAGCUUAGCCACAAAACUUACACUUGUUCUAUGAUUAAUUCACCUGAGUGCAUCGUAACUAACUCUUAUUUUGUAAUGAGGACUUGUUCUCUCAAGUUGAGCUGUGCUAUAAGGGUUUUAGUUCGGGAUUUUGGUUGCUUUGUAAACCUGCGUUAUUUUUACAAACUCAUUCUGAACCUCAUCACAAUCACCUCAAACCUGGUUUCUAAGGGAGGUCUGAACAUUAGAAGGCAUUACUUGAGGGAGAUUCUCAUGAUUGCUGUGAUUUAUACAUUUAAAUACCCCAGCACUCACUCUAGGAAGUCCAGAAAGGGCAUUAGGAAGUUGAACUGUUUAGAGCUUAUAAAUAAAAAGAUUAUGUGCAAAUUGUUUCAUCAUGUUAAUUCACUAUUAAAUAAGGAUGACUUGUUUUCUAUUGCUUCUAUCAUUGAGGAUAAGUACAAAAUUCACUGGUCUAAAUUCUAG